GGGAUGAAGCCAACCUUGGUGAAAUUGAAGCAAAUAAACAUGUAAGACAUAAAAUCACAGAACCCAAAACUCCAUAUCAUCCUAUGAUGCAUGAUACUGAUGGUAUUAUACAUAUCCCACAUUCCAUUAAAUUUAAAUUAAUUAUUAAUUUGUUAUGUAAAUUAAUUCAAGUGUUGUUGACUUGUUGUAGGAUCUUUAUCUCCUAUUGGGGGCUCUGAUAGUUUCCUUGAAGGAGAUGAUAACUGCAACAUCAGACUGAAUGUUGAUGCAAUUCGUUCAGCACUGAAUGAGAUGGCAUCUUCUAGUAGCAACAGUAACUCCCAUUCUGGAUGGACAUCUUCAGAUGAUGAAGAUGAAGCAGAUGUCAUGGAUCAUGAUCUAGGUGGGAAGAGUGCAAGAAGCUUUAGGGAGAAAAGAAAGGCGCACUAUGAUGAAUAUCGCAAAGUGAAAGAGUUACAGAAGAAGGAAUCAAUGAAAAAGGAUGAUGAAAAGCAAUCCAUUGUUGAUGGUGUGGGAGAUAUAAAUAUUAGUAUGCACUACAAAAGAUAA